AUGUCUCAUGAUAAAUCGAAAAAUAAAGAUUCUUCAACACCAAUUUAUAGUACAACUGAAAGAAAUGUAAAAUCGUGUCCAGCAUCGCCUACUCGUCCUCUCGAUAUCGAUGAUUUAUUUUCAUCACCUGAUAAUAAUAAACCAAAUUUAGAAAUAUUAAAACAACAUUUAUUAUUAGAAGGACGUUUAACAGAGAAUGCUGCUUUACAUAUUAUCGAAGCAGGUGCAAACAUACUACGUGAAGAGCCGACUAUGAUUAAUAUCGAUGCACCAAUUACCAUUUGUGGAGAUAUACACGGUCAAUUUUAUGAUUUAGCAAAAGGUCACGAAAUUGUCGAUUCAAAACAAAAAACAACAGCUUAG